AACGUCACGCUCUUCCGCACGUGUUUUUCAACCAUGGCGGACCUUCAGAUGAAGCUCCUCCGCAAGAAAAUCACGAAAAGAAGCGAAAAGAACAAAGAAAGAAAAGUGAAAAGGAGGCAAACCGAUGAGGAGGAGUCCGUGCGGUCCAACGGGCUGGAGGAGGACGGCUGGGAGGAAACGGCUGCUGAUGUUAGCAACACAGAUGGAAGAACCAGGAAGAUCCAGAAGAACCAGGAGAACCUGGAGAACCAGGAUGAGGAACCAGCAGAGGAGAGCAGCUCAGGAGGAACGGCUCUGAAGAAACAGAAGAAGAAGAAGAAAAGAAAGUUAGCAGAGACAGAAGCACCAGCAGCUGGGAAGAAAAUCCGGACUGAUGAAGAGGAGGAGGCAGCAGAGGAAGAUGAUUCAGUAGAAGCUGCAGAUGAAGAGGAGCAGCCUGAGCUUCCCACAGGAUUAACAGGUGCGUUUGAGGACACGUCGUUCGCGUCCCUGGCCGGGCUGGUCAGCGAGAACACCCUGAGGGCGGUGAAGGAGAUGGGCUUCGAACACAUGACCGAGAUCCAGCACAAGACCAUCCGCCCCCUGCUGGAUGGAAGGGACAUCCUGGCGGCGGCUAAAACCGGCAGCGGUAAAACUCUGGCCUUCCUCAUCCCGUCCAUCGAGCUGAUCAACAAACUGAAGUUCAUGCCGAGGAACGGUACCGGCGUGGUCAUCCUGUCCCCGACGCGUGAGCUGGCCAUGCAGACGUACGGCGUGAUGAAGGAGCUGAUGGCGCACCACGUCCACACCUUCGGUCUGAUCAUGGGGGGCAGCAACCGCUCGGCCGAGGCCCAGAGGCUCGCCAACGGCGUCAACGUCCUGGUGGCUACGCCGGGCCGCCUGCUGGACCACCUGCAGAACACGCAGGGCUUCAUGUACAAGAACCUGCAGUGUCUGAUCAUCGACGAGGCGGACCGCAUCCUGGAGGUGGGCUUCGAGGAGGAGCUGAAGCAGAUCAUCAGGCUGCUGCCCAAGAAGAGGCAGACGAUGCUGUUCUCGGCCACGCAGACGCGCAGGGUGGAGGACCUGGCCCGCAUCUCGCUGAAGAAGGAGCCGCUGUAUGUGGGCGUGGACGACCACAAGGACAGCGCCACGGUGGACGGCCUGGAGCAGGGUUACGUGGUUUGUCCGUCAGAGAAACGCUUCCUGCUGCUCUUCACCUUCCUGAAGAAGAACCGCAAGAAGAAGCUGAUGGUCUUCUUCUCGUCCUGCAUGUCGGUCAAGUUCCACUACGAGCUGCUGAACUACAUCGACCUGCCCGUCAUGGCCAUCCAUGGCAAACAGAAGCAGACCAAACGGACCACCACCUUCUUCCAGUUCUGCAACGCCGACUCCGGCAUCCUGCUGUGCACGGACGUGGCGGCCCGCGGCCUCGACAUUCCCGAGGUGGACUGGAUCGUCCAGUACGACCCGCCGGACGACCCGAAGGAGUACAUCCACCGGGUCGGCAGAACCGCCCGAGGCGUCGACGGCAGAGGCCACGCCCUCCUCAUCCUGCGACCCGAAGAGCUGGGCUUCCUGCGCUUCCUGAAGCAGGCCAAGGUCCCGCUGAGCGAGUUCGAGUUCUCCUGGAGUAAGAUCUCCGACAUCCAGUCCCAGCUGGAGAAACUGAUUGAGAAGAAUUACUACCUCCACAAGUCGGCGCAGGAGGCCUACAAGUCGUACGUGAGGGCGUACGACUCCCACUCUCUGAAGCAGAUCUACAGCAUCAACACCCUGAACCUCCCCAUGGUGGCGCUGUCCUUCGGCUUCAAGGUCCCCCCCUACGUGGACCUGAAUGUUCACAGCAGCAAAGGAGUGAAGCUGCAGAAACGAGGCGGCGGCGGCGGCUUCGGAUACCAGAAGAACAAGAACGUGAAGAAAUCCAGAAUCUUCAAGCAUGUCAGCAAAGGGCCGAGUGACAGGAGGCAGUUCUCCCGCUGACCUCCUCUUCCUCCUCCUCCUCCUCCUCCUCCUCCUGUAAAUGUCCCCCCCAUCGCCCCCCUGAUGUAAUAAACCACAUAAAGAUGGCAGCCGGCGUUUGUUUCUGGACUUAUUGGACCUCAGAGGCAGUUUGCUGCAGCGUCUCCUGGUUCUGCAGGACGUUUUCCCCUCAGACCAUUAAAAGAAGCUGCUUCCAACUGGUUAGACUGGAAGGAAGCUGGAAAUGGAAACAGUUUUUUAUUGGAAGAUAUUUGAUUAAAUACUGA